UGUAAGGACAGUACAGCGUGGGGAUAUAUAUAUAAAGUCGCCCACUGUAUCCCUGUGCCCUCUUUCCAUGCUAACUGCACAGUUAGCCAUGGACACAAUGCGGUUUCUUAUUUUGCUCUUAUGGAUGUGUCCACUUACAAAGCAGCAGAGCCUCCAAAGCGUGCUCACCAACAAUGCUUCCGUGCUGACGUCCUGCAACUUCAACAACAAUGACGAGCCAUUCUGCAGCUUCCGACAGGACCCGUUUGACGAUGGCGACUGGAUCCGGCAUAGAGGUUCAACCCCGACACCUGGAACGGGUCCUCCAGGAGAUUACCCCGAUGGAAAUGGAUUCUACAUCUACCAAGAAGGCGACAACAUUGGAAAAGGACAGAGAAGUCGCCUGCUGAGUCCUUCUUUCUUCUUAACAUCGGCAGCACAGAUCUGUGUCCAAUUCCGAUAUUACAUGUACGGCCCGGACAAUUCCAAUUCGUUGAGGCUAAUGGCAAAGUGGCAAAAUGGCCAGGAAGAGCUGUGGAAUAAAACUGGAUUCCAGAGUCCAUCGUGGCUAAAGGGUGCCGUCACCGUGACCAGUUCAAGUGAUCAGGAACUCGCUAUUGUCUUUGAGGCUCAGCGAGGCUUAACCGCUUUCUGCGAUUCAGCACUCGACAACAUCGUCAUUAGCAAAGGAGCAUGUCCCACUUGCGUUUCAGGCUGCGACUUUGACAACCUGGACGACUUCUGUGGGUGGACUCUUUCCGCAUUUGACGAGACAAUAUUUGGCUUUGAGCAAUGGACUGGCCCAACAGACACUGAAGGCACCGGACCUGAUGAUGACUUCUCCAAGCCGGGAUUGGGAUUCUACAUGCUGAUGGAUUCUUCCUUUGCUACACCCGGACUUCAGGGACAAAUCACAAGUCCUGUGAUACACACUUCUUCUGGGUGCCUUGAUUUUACGUUCCAUUACUAUAUGUAUGGCACCAGCCGUAACAUGCAGCUCAGUGUCUUCACCUUGACAGAGGGAGUCUUUGGAGCCGCUCUCUUCACUGUCACUGGAAACCAGGGUCCAGCCUGGAAGCCUGCCAAUGUCCGUUACCUUGGCAACGCUCCCAUCCAGUUUGUUAUUUUGGGGACCUAUGGAGAGACUGCAGAAACCGAUAUAGCUGUUGAUGCUGUGUGUGUUAUGGCCUGUCAAGGUCAGCUAACCACGCCACAACCAUCCGUGCCAACUCCAACUAAUGGAACAACUACACCGAAACCCACCACUCCGAGACCAACUACGCCAAACCCAGUUAAGUGCCCUCCCAAUGCAGAGUACAUAGAAUGUGGCCCAGCUUGUAUCCCUACCUGCAUGGAACCCUCCACCAACUGCAGCGGCUCCUGCAUCACCGGCUGCUUUUGCAAACCAGGCUAUGUCUUCAAGGGGAAACACUGUGUGCCACUGGAGAAAUGUGGCUGCCUGGAUCACAACAACAACUAUUAUGAGCCUGGUGAGAUUGUAUUUGGAGACGGCUGCUCCAAGCUCUGUCGCUGUGCAGGCAACUACACUUUGGAAUGUGUGGAUAAUAGCUGCGAUCCCACAGAGGAGUGUCGCGAGGUUAACGGUGUUGCUGGAUGCUACCCGAAAGGUACCUCUUCGUGCAUUGCCUCCGGUGAUCCACACUACACCACCUUUGAUAAGCGCAAGUACAACUUCAUGGGCAACUGCAGUUACCGGAUGACCGGAGUCUGCAAUGAGUCCACGUUACCAAACUUUGCUGUCCACGCUGACAAUGAAAACCGCUACAACAGACCCAGCAUCUCCUAUGUGAAGGCGGUUCAUGUGUAUGUUGUAUCUGGUGGUGUCUCCAUCUUCAAAGGUGGUGCUGUCCAUGUGAAUGGAAUCAAAGUCAACCUCCCAGUGAAUCCGUUUCCAGGCGUCUCUGUGUUCAAAUCAGGAAAGCACUACACCGUGUCCUUGGACUUUGGUGUGACUGUGCGCUAUGACGGAAACCACUUCAUGGACAUCAAAGUGAUUAAAGACUAUAAGAGUCUCCUGUGUGGAUUGUGUGGCGAUUACGACGGCAAUGCUAAAAACGACUUCCGCAAGCUAGAUGGAUCGUUGACCAACAGUCCUAAUGACUUUGGAAACAGCUGGAACACUGAUCCAGAGUGUAACAAUAAACCGAACACCACUCAUCCCGGAUGUGAUGCAGAGGAACAGAAGCUCUAUGAGAGCUCUGGAUAUUGUGGCAUCCUGCUGGACAAAAACGGCCCUUUUGCCGCCUGUCACGCCAAGGUCAACCCCAAUGAGUACUUCAAGGACUGCGUCUUUGACCUUUGCGUGCUCAAUGGCACUCAUGCCAUUCUGUGUGAAGCCAUCGAAGCCUACGUCAAUGAGUGCCAGGACCGUGGGGUCAACAUCAGACCCUGGAGAAAUGAAACCUUCUGUCCUUUUAGGUGCCCCCCCAACAGCCAUUACCAGCCUUGCGCAGACCCCUGUCAGGAGACGUGUACAGGGAGACCCUCCUCCUGCAGCGGACCAUGCGCCGAGUCCUGUGUGUGUAAUCCCGGCUACAUCCUGAGCGCUGGCAAAUGUGUCACCAACUCCUCGUGUGGCUGCACACACUUCAAUGGCCAAUAUUAUCAGCCUGGAGAGGAGUUCUAUGUUGAGAACUGUAACUUGAAGUGUCGGUGUGACGCACCCUCGAUCACCUGUCAAGCAUCUGAAUGCCCUCCAAUGCACGAGUGUCAAGUCCAAGAGGGAGAGUUGGGCUGCUAUCCCACAAGUACAACACCCAGACCAACAACUCCGAGGCCGACUACACCAAAGCCAAUUCAGUGCCCUCCCAAUGCAGAGUACAUAGAAUGUGGCCCAGCUUGUAUCCCUACCUGCAUGGAACCCUCCACCAACUGCAGCGGCUCCUGCAUCACCGGCUGCUUUUGCAAACCAGGCUAUGUCUUCAAGGGGAAACACUGUGUGCCACUGGAGAAAUGUGGCUGCCUGGAUCACAAUAAUAACUAUUAUGAGCCUGGUGAGAUUGUAUUUGGAGACGGCUGCUCCAAGCUCUGUCGCUGUGCAGGCAACUACACUUUGGAAUGCGUGGAUAACAGCUGUGAUCCCACGGAGGAGUGUCGCGAGGUUAACGGUGUCGCCGGAUGCUACCCGAAAGGUACCUCUUCGUGCAUUGCCUCCGGUGAUCCACACUACACCACCUUUGAUAAGCGCAAGUACAACUUCAUGGGCAACUGCAGUUACCGGAUGACCGGAGUCUGCAAUGAGUCCGCGUUACCAGACUUUGCCGUCUACGCUGACAAUGAAAACCGCUACAACAGACCCAGCAUCUCCUAUGUGAAGGCGGUUCAUGUGUAUGUUGUAUCUGGUCGUGUCUCCAUCUUCAAAGGUGGUGCUGUCCAUGUGAAUGGAAUCAAAGUCAACCUCCCAGUGAAUCCGUUUCCAGGCGUCUCUGUGUUCAAAUCAGGAAAGCACUACACCGUGUCCUUGGACUUUGGUGUGACUGUGCGCUAUGACGGAAACCACUUCAUGGACAUCAAAGUGAUUAAAGACUAUAAGAGUCUCCUGUGUGGAUUGUGCGGCGAUUACGACGACGAUGCUAUAGACGACUUCCGCAAGCCAGAUGGAUCGUUGACCAACAGUCCUAAUGAGUUUGGAAACAGCUGGAACACUGAUCCAGAGUGUAACAAAAAACCAAACACCACUCAUCCCGGAUGUGAUGCAGAGGAGCAGAAGCUAUAUGAGAGCUCUGGAUACUGUGGCAUCCUGCUGAACAAAAACGGCCCUUUUGCUGCCUGUCACGCCAAGAUAAACCCCAAUGAGUACUUCAAGGACUGCGUCUUUGACCUUUGCGUGCUCAAUGGCACUCAUGCCAUUCUGUGUGAAGCCAUCGAAGCCUACGUCAAUGAGUGCCAGGACCGUGGGGUCAACAUCAGACCUUGGAGGAACGAAACCUUCUGUCCUUUUAGGUGCCCUCCAAACAGCCAUUACCAGCCCUGCGCGGACCCCUGUCAAGAGACAUGUACAGGGAGACCCUCCUCCUGCAGCGGACCGUGCACCGAGUCCUGUGUGUGUAAUCCUGGCUACAUCCUGAGCGCUGGCAAAUGUGUCACCAACUCUUCGUGUGGCUGCACACACAUCAAUGGCCAAUAUUAUCAGCCUGGAGAGGAGUUCUAUGUUGAGAACUGUAACUUGAAGUGUCAGUGUGACGCACCCUCGGUUACCUGUCAGGCAUCUCAAUGCCCCCCAAUGUACGAGUGCCAAGUCCAAGGGGGAGAGUUGGGCUGCUAUCCCACAAGACCAACUACACCUGGACCAACAUCUCCAGGCGUGCCAACGCCGAACACAACAACUCCAGAAUGGACAACACCCAAACCAACAACUCCAGGAGUUCCAACGCCGAACACAACAACUCCAGAAUGGACAACACCCAAACCAACAACUCCAGGAGUACCUACGCCAAAUGCAACAACUCCAGGAUGGACGACACCUAAACCAACAACGCCAGGAUGGACGACACCAAUUCAGUGCCCUCCCAAUGCAGAGUACAUAGAAUGUGGCCCAGCUUGUAUCCCUACCUGCAUGGAACCCUCCACCAACUGCAGCGGCUCCUGCAUCACCGGCUGCUUUUGCAAACCAGGCUAUGUCUUCAAGGGGAAACACUGUGUGCCACUGGAGAAAUGUGGCUGCCUGGAUCACAAUAAUAACUAUUAUGAGCCUGGACAUAUUAUGUAUGCGGAUGGCUGCUCCAAGCUUUGUCGCUGUGCAGGGAACUACACUUUUCAAUGUGAGGAUAGCUCUUGUUCUCCCACUGAAGAGUGUCGAGAGGUUAACGGUGUCCCAGGAUGCUACCCUAGAGGAGCGUCUACGUGCAUUGCAACGAGUGAUCCACACUACACGACCUUUGACAAGCGCAAGUACAGUUUCAUGGGCAACUGCAGCUACUUGAUGUCGGGCGUCUGCAGCGCAACACCUUUUCCAAACUUUGAAGUCUACGCUGAUAACGAGAACCGCUAUAACAAUCCCUCCAUCUCUUACGUGAAAGCCGUACAUGUAGACGUACACAAGGUCAAGGUCUCGAUCCUUAAAGGUGGCUCGGUGCUUGUGAAUGGGUCUAAAGUGAACCUGCCUGUGACUCCGGCUGCGGGUGUGUCCGUGUUCAAAUCUGGAAGGCACUACACUGUGUCCAUGGAUUUUGGUGUGGUUGUGCGCUAUGACGGAAACCACUUUAUGGACAUCAAAGUGAUUCAAGACUACAAGAAUGUACUCUGUGGACUAUGUGGGGAUUACAAUGGAGACUCCAAAGAUGAUUUCCGCCAGCCGAAUGGCUCAUUGACCAGCAAUAUCAAUGAGUUUGGACACAGCUGGAACACUGAUCCAAAGUGUAAGAAGCCCAGCAUCACUGAUCCGGGAUGUGACGAAGAAGAGGAGAACCUCUACGAGAGUUCUGCAUAUUGUGGUUUGCUACUGGACAAGAACGGUCCUUUUGCUGUGUGCCAUCCCAAGGUCAACCCCAAUAAUUACUUCCAGGAUUGCGUCUUCGACCUUUGCGCACUGGAUGGUGCCAAGCCUGUUUUGUGCGAAGCCAUCGAAUCGUAUGCUAAUGAGUGCCAAGAUCGCGGAGUUGACAUUGGAUCCUGGAGGAACAAAACCUUCUGUCCGGUGAGCUGCCCCGCCAACAGCCACUACGAGCCAUGCGCGGACCCCUGUCAGGAGACGUGUUCAGGCAAACCGCCAUCUUGCAGCGGACCGUGCACUGAGUCCUGUGUGUGUAAUCCUGGUUACAUCCUGAGUGCUGGCAAAUGUGUCAGCAACUCUUCGUGUGGCUGCAAACACACCAACGGCCAAUAUUAUCAGCCUGGAGAGGAGUUUUAUGCUGAGAACUGUAAUUUGAAGUGUCGAUGUGACGCACCCUCGGUCACCUGUAAGCGGUCUCAGUGCCCCCCAAUGCAUGAGUGUAAACUCCUGGAGGGGGAGCUGGGUUGCUAUCCGACAGGCUCACAGGACUGCAUCAUCUCUGGAGAUCCACACUACAACACAUUUGACAAAAGGUUUUACAGUUUCAUGGGCACCUGUACCUACACGCUGGCCAGAACCUGCAGAAAUAACACCGGGCCUUGGUUCUCAGUGGAAGGGAAGAACGAAGAGAGAGGGCUACCGGGAGUGUCCUACCUGCGAAAACUCUACAUCACAGUGGAUGGAAUCACUGUGACAUUGAUGAAAGCCAAGAGGACCCUGGUGAACGGACUACGUGUGGCGCUACCUCACUCCCCGACUCCCACUGUGACCGUCAGUCGUGCCGGUCAGUAUGUCACGGUGCAGACGUCCUUUGGCCUCCAAGUACGCUGGGAUGGAAACCAUUUUGCCCAGAUCUCAGUACCCAGCUCCUAUCAAGACCAGAUGUGCGGCCUGUGCGGCGACUUAGACGGGAACCCGAACAACGACUUCACCAAACCAGAUGGCGUCCUCGUCGCUAACGUCAAUGACUUCUGUAACAGCUGGCAGACGGAAGAAGAUGAAGACGACUCGUGUUCCCCAGGCACCAAGCCUGACCCAGAAUGCGAUCCCAAACUCGAGGCCGAGGUGGUCAAACCGGAAAAAUGUGGAAAACUCAACGAUAGAGCGGGGCCCUUCCGGGAGUGUGUCAAUGUGGUGAAUCCCACCCCCUUCUUCCUGAGCUGUGUGUACGACAUGUGCCGGUUCAACGGGCAGCAGCAGGAACUGUGUGACCAGCUCCAGGCCUACACGGAGGCCUGUCACAGUGCCGGAGCCAAAGUCCACCAGUGGAGGAGUCCCCACUUCUGUCCCCUGGACUGCCCCGCCAACAGCUCGUACUCGCUGUGCGUGAGCUCCUGUCCGGAGACGUGCGCAGGCAUGGUGGGAGCCCCCGGCUGCGGCGACGUGUGCGUGGAGGGCUGCGCCUGCAACCCGGGCUUCAUCCUCAGCGACGACAAGUGCGUCUCACUCAAAGACUGCGGCUGCCUCGACCCAGCCGGAACGUACCAUCCCGUGGGCGAUGGCUGGUACUCGGAGGGCUGUAAGCAGAAGUGCACGUGCCAAGAUGGAGGCAUGAUCCACUGCUCCAACAGUAGCUGCCAAGCUGCAACCGAGACCUGCCAGCUACACGACGGAGAGUACAAGUGCCGUCCUUUGGGAAAUGGCAUAUGCUCGGUAUCCGGUGACCCGCACUACACCACCUUUGACAAACGCACCCACCAUUACAUGGGAGCCUGCUCGUACACGCUGACCAAGCCUUGCAACGCUUCGUCCUCCGGCUUGCCUUACUUCAGCGUGGACACCCAGAAUGAGCGCAGGGGCAGCAACAAGAAAAUUUCCUACGUCAAGGCUGUGGUGAUCCAAGUGAACGAUGUGACCGUCAUCCUCGGCAAGGGCAGGACUGUCCAGGUAAACGGGACGGCGGUAGUCCCGCCUGUUGCGUGGAUCGGCGGCGUUAAUAUCUACUUUAGUGGCAAGUUUGUCGUCCUGGAGACGUCUUUCCACCUGAGGGUGAGAUUUGAUGGUAACCACCACGCUGACGUCACCGUGCCCACUUCCUACAACGGCCAGCUGUGCGGAAUGUGUGGAAAUUUCAAUGGAAACCCCAAAGAUGACAACUUGAAACCAGACAAGACGCCCGCUUCCACCACCAAUGAACUGGGAGACAGCUGGCAGGUUCCUGACCCAAGGCCCGAUUGUACCAACAGUGGCGGCCAGGAGGACUGCGACCCAAAAGUGGAGGAGGAAGCGCAGAAGCCGACAAGCUGCGGCAUGAUCGCUGAUCCAAAGGGUAUCUUCAAGCCGUGUCACUCGGUCGUCCCCCCUGAACCUUACUUGGAAAACUGCGUGUAUGACAUGUGCGCCACGGGCGGCCAGACCGUCGCCCUGUGCCAGGCGGUGGAGAGCUACGCCGACAUGUGCGCCGCGGCGGGAGUCCCCAUCGCAUGGAGGAGCAACACCUUCUGCCCUCUCAAAUGUCCCACUGGCAGUCAUUACACGCCGUGCGGGUCCGCCUGCGCCCAGCCCAGCUGUCAGGAUCCGGCAGGCCCGGAGGGCCCCUGCAACCAGCCAUGCGUGGAGGGAUGCGUGUGUGACCCCGGCCUCAUUUUGAGCGGCGACAAAUGCGUGCCGCUCAGCCAGUGUGGCUGCACUGACGAGAACGGAAAGUACAGGCCGGUCGGCGGGACGUGGUUCACCAAAGCCGACUGCUCGGAGCGUUGCGAGUGUCACGGCAACCACAACGUCACCUGCGAGCCGUGGCGCUGCAGCCCUGCCCAAGAGUGCAAAGUGCUGGAGGGGGUGCUGGACUGCCACUCCACAGACAAAGGAGUGUGUCACGUGGCUGGAGACCCUCACUAUUACACCUUUGACGGCCUCAUGCACACCUUCAUGGGCACUUGCACUUACACUCUCGUCGAGGUAUGUAACCCCACCAUGGUGACCCCUUUCCGGAUCGUGGCGAAAAACGAGGAGCGCGGCCAACCGGAGGCCUCCUACGUCCGCUCCGUCAAGGUUUACCUGCCUCACGACACCCAGAUUGAGCUGCAGAAGGGCCGCAGAGUUCUGCUUAACGGUCGACGGGUGCGAACGCCGACUUCUGUGACCGCGGCCGGGGCGAAGGUGAUCAGCAGCGGUGCCUACAUUCUCUUAGACACCAACUUUGGUCUGCAAGUCAAAUUUGAUGGCGUUCAUCACCUGGAGAUCACUGUACCCGGCCAAUACUUCAAUAAGCUGUGCGGCAUGUGCGGCAACUACAACCACAACUCGUCUGACGACAACCUGAAACCCGACAAGCAACCCGCCAAGGACGUCAUCCAACUGGGCAACAGCUGGAAGUCCGAAGGAGACAGCGAUCCCGGCUGUCAGCCUGACAAGCGGCCCGACGUGCACCCCAACUGCACGACGGAGGAAGAGGCGGCGUUCGAGUCCCAGUGCGCCAGCGUGCUCAUGUCAGACAGCUUCCGGGCCUGCCAUUCUCUGGUGCCUCCCGAAGCCUUCACUGGCAACUGCGUGUACGACAUGUGCGAAUACGACGGCAUGCAGGCCACCCUCUGCGACAACGUGGAGGCCUACGCUCAGGCCUGCAGCAGCGCCGGGGUCACCAUUAGCUGGAGGAAUCAAACCUUCUGCCCGUUGCCGUGCGCCCCUAACAGCCACUAUUCGGACUGCACGGUCCCUUGCCCCCCUACCUGCUCGGACCUGUUCCCCAUCUUGUGCCACCUGCCGUCCACCACCUGCGUGGAGGGCUGCCAAUGUAACGCCGGCUUUGUCCUCAGCGACGGCAAGUGUGUGCCUCUGGAAAAAUGCGGCUGUCUGGAUUCCGACGACGAGUACCACGACGUGGGAGACUCAUGGCUGACGGCAAAAUGCGUUUCCAAGUGUACCUGUAACCUCGGCGGCCUGGUCUCAUGCACGGAGCACAGCUGUGAUUCCAACUCAGUUUGCGACCUGGACAAAUUCGGAGAUGUCUACUGCAAGCCUGCCAAGUUCGACAAGUGCAGCGUGUCAGGGGAUCCUCACUACCGAACCUUCGACGGAUUCACGCACCACUUCCAGGGGCCUUACACGUACGUCCUGACAAAGGACUACCAGCAGCCGCAGAGCUCGCUGGCUUCCCUGACCGUCAGAGGCAAGAAUAUCCGACGAGGAGGCAACAGGAGGGUGUCCUUCCUGGACCAGCUCUUUAUCGACGUCUAUGGCGUCAACGUACGCUUCGUGCAGGCCAAUCAAGUCCUGGUGAACGGGGAGAUCAUUUCGCCCCCUCUGAGUCCGGUCGAAGGUUUACUCAUCACCAUGAAUUCCAGGCAGGUUCAGCUCACCACCGACUUCGGACUCACCGUGCGCUUCGACGGCAGAAGUCGUGGAGAGAUCAUCCUGCCUAGCACGUACAAGAACGCCGUCAGAGGGCUGUGCGGAAACUACGACGGAAUCCGCUCCAACGAAUACAUGAAGCCGGACGGGACCAUCAUCAGCAACCUGAACGCCUUCGGGGAAAGCUGGAGGGUCACAGACCGACUGGCGCGCGCUCCCUACAGCGCUUUGAUAGCGUCACGCCCCGUCCAUCUUCACAGGCGAGAAGUGGACAUGGAUCCAGAUUCGGGAUUCGAGACAUCAGACUGCUCCGAGGACGAACUAGCCGACUACAACAGUUCCACCAAGUGCGGCGCCAUAACUGAUGCCGCGGGUCUUUUUGCCUCCUGCCACGCUGUCUUGCCACCCGCUGCCUACCACGAAGACUGCAUGUUCGAUCUGUGCGCUGAAAAGGGCAGCGAAGAACUGCGCUGUGCUAGCUAUGACACCUACGCCGCCGCCUGCCAGGAAGCCGGAGUCAAGCUUGGGGCCUGGAGACAAAAGCUGGGCUGCGUGCUGUCGUGCGAAGGCAACAGUACGUACACGGCGUGCAUGUCUGCGUGCCCGGCCUCCUGCGCCGAUCUGGCCGCGCAGUCUGAGUGCGCCGCCACCGCCUGCGUGGAAGGAUGUCAGUGCGCGCCCGGCUUUGUCAUGAGCGGGGGCAGCUGCGUGCCAUAUGCACAGUGCGGCUGCAACUUCCUCAACAGAUACUACCCACUGAAGGAAACCUUUGUGACCGAAGACUGCGCACAGGCCUGCGAAUGCACCCCCACCGGUGCCGUGUGCCAAGCCAAGAGCUGCCGGGAGGGCUACGUCUGCGCCAUUUACGACUACAAACGCGACUGUCACAGAACGAGUCCGUGCCUCAGCAGCCCCUGUCAGAAUGGAGGAACGUGUAACGAAAUCAACAACGCGUCUUACUCGUGCAACUGUGCUCCAGGCUACGAGGGCUUCAAUUGCCAGGACGUGAUCACGGGCACCGAAGGACUUGAAACCAAAUGGAUCAUUCUGAUUGCUGUACUGGUGUCAGUGGCCGUUGUCGUCGUCAUUGUGAUCACCGUUGUGUGCGUUUGCAAAAGCGUCAACAAGUCAGACCUUUAUGUAAUUCAGAGGCUGCCAUCGUCUCACAGCCGAAACAAGAGGAAAGACCACGAGAUCCAAAUGACUUCAAACAAUGUGCCAUAUGAGAACAUGGAUGAAAAGACAACAAACAACAUGACAAAUAUGUGAUAUUAAUAAUAAUCAUCUUCUUUUUCUGUGUGAUUUGUAAUUUAUUCCUCAGUCCAAAUGAAAUGGAAAGGAAUAGUUUUGGUCAAUGUUCUAUGUACUCCACUUUUGUGUUGCUUUCUUAACUUAUGCAGUCAAACAUGUAAAUGAAACAAUGACUAGUACUUUUAUGAAUUUUUUGUGAACUAAAUACCAAACUCAUUAAAAAAAUUAUUUUAAAGAUC